AUGCUGAGGUGGACGUCGCUUCUGCUUCUGGCGGCGGUGGCCGCGAACCGCGUCACGGGCGCCACGACGAUGCAGGCGGUGUCGCCACUGAACGGAAGAAUAGUUAACGGCGAGCCAGCUGAACGAGGCGAAUUCCCGUCACAGCUGUCCCUGCAGAAAAACGGCGCCCACUGGUGCGGUGCGUCCAUCAUCGGCGGCUAUUGGGCUAUCACUGCAGCUCACUGUGUGGACUCUGUUGGCAGCUACGACGUUAUGGAGGUGCGAGCGGGCGUCACCAAUCUGGAGGAGGAGGGAUCACUCCACGCGGUUGACGUCAUCACCGUUCAUCCACAGUACGAUCCGUCUGACUCUUGGGUCAACGAUAUUGCCUUACUUAAAGUAUCACCAGCCUUUCCAAUUGAUGGGGUCACGGUGGCGCCAGUACAGCUGCCAGCGCAGGGGGAGGAGGUUCCAGAUGGCGCCAACGUCACAGUGAUCGGAUGGGGAAGUCUCUGGGGUGAUUCUGGCGGUCCAGUGCUGCACGGGGGCGUGCUGCAGGGUCUGACGUCAUGGGGGUACGAGUGCGCCACGCCGCCCUACCCCGGCAUCUACACACGGGUCGCCAGCUACGUCGACUGGAUCCAUCGCCACACCGGCACCUCGUCGGCGCCCAACUGGCGCCAUUAA